AAUUUGUGAAGAAUGUGUCCCCUGAAAAAGUUUCUGGUCGGGCAGCUCGGCCGGCUAGAGUUUAAUCGCGUAAGUUUGCAAGUAAUUUAAAAAAUGCGUCCGGAAUUGAAUUUUCUUUAAUUGGUCCGAGUUGGGAACAAUGUUGAACUAUCCGUCCGUAAGUUGGCUGUAAAAUUAGAUUAACAAAAUAAAUCCUGGGCCGUAUCCUCUGGUAAAUUGAACAUGCCAGAACAAUGCGUAACGUCCCAAUCGAAGCUGUCGUCCCCAGAAGAUAAAUGUUGGAAACAAUCUCGACAUACCAGGCACGCAAUAAAGCACUUUUCCGUGCAUUCCUUGCCCCAGUGGUCAGUGCUCGAGAGUGAAUUUGGCCAUCCCCUGUCGCGCCACCACCCAGGUAAGAGUGGGCUGAUAUGGGUCACUGGUAUAAAAUACCCUCGCCCAUCUUCAUCAUGGUUAUUUGGCCGUCGAGAGAGCCGGUAUAACACGGUCACCCAAACUCCCAUUUCAUUUGUUCUUCCGGCGAUCAUCCGCAUGCUUUCUCCCAUCGCCGGCGUGCUCGCUGAAGACUCGGUGUCUGAUUAGUGUCUUUGUGUGAUCAGUGUUCUAAUGUUUCCUUCGGAUUAUCGCAGCUGCGACCCACCGGAAGGCUCAGAGUAGAACCCGCGCCGGACCACCGGAACAUGUGCCAUAUCCGGAAUUGAUCGACUUAUUAUGGCUAGAUACAAGAUAAUUUACUUGCUACUCCUCACAUACAACGUUUAUGUGUCAGCCGAAGAAGCCGAGGAUCGAACAAUUUCUCUCAAACCUCCCGACAAACUCCUGCUCCAAAAAUCCGCUCCUUAUAAAAAAGAGGAACCUUCCUUUCUUUCAAAACUAAGCAGUUGGUUUUUCCCUUCGAAAGACUCAGUACCUGCGGAAGGCCAUCACAGUGGCCCUCAAUACUUACCUCCACAGCCAUACCAAAGCCAAACUGGAUGCAACCCCUGCAACAAAGCCCCCUGGAUCCCGAUCGCAUCCAGUGUGGGGCAUAACACCCUAAUUAACUUUGUACCCCCCUCUAGUCAUCUGGAAGAUUUGAGGCCGCCCCCGACCCACUAUGGGCCACCUUCCCCGCAAUAUGGACCCCCUCCUUCCCCACAAUAUGGACCUCCUCCCUCUGCCCAAUAUGGACCUCCGCCUUCGGCCCAGUCACACGGACCUCCUCCUUCACCACAAUAUGGAAGUCCUCCCUCUGCCCAAUAUGGACCUCCGUCUGCGUCCCAAUCCCACGGUCCUCCCCCUUCUCCACAAUAUGGGCCCCCAAUUAAAUUACAGUCGCAAUACGGACCUCCUCCCCGACCCCAAUAUGGGCCACCUCCCCCAACUAAAUUGACCCAAAUUUCACCCCCGCAGUCACAGUAUGGACCUCCUCCCUCCCACUUCAAGCCUCCAUCACCCCAAUAUGGGGCUCCGAUUUUCAGGCCUAAGCCUAAUAAUGACCAUUUUGGACUUUCCAUGCAACAUUUGAGACCGCCUCCAGUUACUCAUUUGAAACCAGUUUUCAACAAUUAUGUCCCGAUUGGGAUGCUACCGCCCCCAUUGAGUGGUAGUUACCAUUCGUUACCAACGGUAUCAAGUCAAGGUUUCGACUUGCCGCCCCCACCGCCUCCACCUUCUGAUAGUUACGGGGCUCCUGUAUCAGGACCCAACGCUGAUUAUCCAAUCAGAGAGGAAUAUUUACCACCGGUUGAACAAUUGCCAUUGUCGUCCAACAUACCAUUGCCUUUACCUAAUUUAAGUCCUGGACCUGUUCUACCCAUCCAUAAUGCCCAAAAUUUCCACGAUAGUGUUCCACAACAAGGGGAAAAUUAUGAAGUGAAAGCACAUGACAAUGUUCAAGUGCUACCUAGUAUUAAAGUUGCUGACUAUUUAGCUUCGAUUGAACACCCGAUUAAUGUCAUUCAGUCGCCUUUGGUAGAGGUUUCUGUUAAAAAUACAGAACUUGUUGAAGAAAAUUUAGAAAAAAAUGUAGCUCCUGUGGAAAAUAGUGACGUUAAACCUGGGGGUUUUUAUAGUGAUAAUUCGGGGAAAUUGAGCGAAAAUCCUAUCGUAGUAGAAGACACUCAUGCUGCUGCAAGUGCUGUCAAUGUGACGUUCCAAGAAAAUCACCUCCCGGACCAAAAUAAACAAUCACAGUUUAGAUCCGAGGGCCAAAAUAUUAUAAAUUCUGAUAUCAUCAAACAACUUUUGUUCGCUCAAGAAACCGCAAGAUCUAAUAACACUUUUACACCGCCUCCAACCAUGGAUUAUAGUAACUGGCAACCACGAUGGCCCAAUUCUCCAAUAGGGCCAACGACGUGGUUACAACCCGUAUCUUCAACAACGAAAAAACCGAAGCAGAUACAAAUCAUUGUUCCGUAUGUUAGUCAAAAGAAACCGGUUCCGUUUGAUAAGAAUGUGGGCAGAAUGGUACCAUCGAGACCUUACACCACCCUUCUGCCGGUCUAUUCUCCACCUUCAACAACAGAAGAAGUUUGGUCGAAAUUCCUGGGUGAUUUCAACCUAGCGGAGUCAAAAAAAGUGACCGCUACUGCGUUCACACCUCCGACAACUCAAGUGUACAACAUUAGGGACUUAUUAAAGGACACAAAAGAGUUCUACCCUUCCGAAAAUCUACCCUUUGAUGUGAUUUCUUUGCAAAACAACAUCGACGAUUGGACCCAACAAGCCUACUCUAAGGCCAGGCAACGAGACGAGAAAAGUAGUACAAGUGCGAAAUUUGUGCCGUCGAAAAAAAUCCCAGAUGAGUAUUUCACGACUCAGGCUUACAGUGAAACUACGACCAUUGCUUUUGAUCACGAACAAGCCGGUUCCAGUAAGAAAGAAACCAAGCUUGAGGACGACAUCGAAACCAAUUUAAUUUACAAAGAAACAACAACCGAAGUUCCAACUACGACGCUGAAACCGUCUUGGGACACCGCAAGUGUUACGGUGUCGCCCAUUACGAAGGAAAAGGUCUACAUAGUGACACCCCAACCGUACGAUUCUGGCGCUACCACCCCUGUGACGGCCUGGAGCCACCCCCCGAGAGUACAAAUGAACAAAACGGUUGUCCCAACCCCAAAAUUCAUGGUCCGGGUUGAUCCCGAAGACAAGGAAAGUAGAGAAAGACUGAAUCAAAAUGCCAGUCCCUUGACUGUUGUUUUCAGCGAGUGGCCGCAUUUGAUUAACAAUUUGCAAACGACUACAACGCUCAAGCCGCCGACGUCUAAACACCCGCUGCUUGGCUUGAUGGACCUCUCUGCAUACACACCGCCCCCCAAUUCAACAGUACAGACGAUUUCAGGACAUUCGAGAGUGGUGACUGUCGUGAAUGUUGUGACACAAGCCACAGUCGCGGAAAAGGACAAACUGGAAGUGAAGAAGAAGCUGUCGUGAAAGUCGGAUAACUAAAUGACCACAAAAACAGUGCAAUAAACCGUAAUUUAAGUGCAAGUUAAAUGUAAGUAAAAGUGCAGGACUUCCAGCGUUUGUACGAGUACAACUAUAGCCUUGAGUAUUUUACGUUCUUGUAAGAGGUUUUAAUUUAUACUAAUGUAUUAUAUUUUUAUUUAUAUUUUUGAAUAAAGUAUGAGAUAGCGAA